AUGUGUUGUCCCGAACAAUCAUCCAAGUCGAAUGUUGAGGCGGAGUCGAAUCAGGUUGCAGCAGCGAACGUGAUCACGAUUCUCGUUAGGGCUGGUGUGGACUUCCACGGCGCCGAUCUUCGAGGUAUCAAAGUCCCAGGCGCCGACCUCUCCGACGGGCAGUUCGACUAUGCUCAGUUCCAGGGCGCCAACUUGACGGGCGUCAACUUCGCGCGGAGCUGGGUGAGACAAGUAGAUAUGAGCGGUGCACAGAUGCAUGGUGUGAAGUUUGGGGAGUUACCUUACCUCAUAGCAGAGCAUUUUCCGUCUGCCUGUGAGUAUUCACCUGACGGAAAGUUGCUUGCUGUCUCUGUGUGGGGCGGUGUCAUUGACGUUUACGAAACAACAACUUGGUCAAAGGUCCGCGAGCUCAGAGGACAUGUAAAAGGGAGCAACGACGUUACAUUUUCGGCGGAUAGUCAGCGCAUAGUUUCUGCGGGCAAGGACAUGACGGCCCGGGUGUGGGAGAGCAACGGUAGUUUGGAGGCGGUGUUGGUCUUGGAAGGGCACACCGACAGUUUGUUCGACACGUCGUUUUCUCCAUGUGGCAAGAAGGUUGUUUCAUGCAGCGCCGACAAGACGAUUCGGUUGUGGGAUGCGCAGACAGGAGAGUGUCUUUUGGUUUUGGAGGGACAUACCAGUAUCGUCAGGAGCGUUCGAUUCUCGGCCGAUGGGCGGACUCUCGUCUCUGGGGGUGAUGAUGAGACGAUUCGGUUCUGGAACGCCGAGACUGGGGAGCCGGCCGCCGUUUGGACAUCUCCCGUUGGGGCUGUGAUUUGUCUAGGGUACUCGCCCAAUGGACGAUGGGUUGCUACGGGUCACGACUAUGGCAACGCGUUGCUCUGGGAUAUCGCUAGCGGAGUGCCGAACACCAACCUGUAUGGCCACACCCACCAUCUCACAAGCAUUGUCUUCUCGUCCAGUAGCCAGUGGCUCGCUUCCUCGGCCAAUGGUGGAUUCGUCAAGCUGUGGGAUGUGUCGUCAGGAACGCUCGUCGCUACAUUGAAUGGCCACAAAGGCGCUAUCUUUAAGGUUGAAUCUGCUCCGAACGAGCGCCAAAUCGCGUCGGUGGGUACGGACAAGAAGGUUCGCUUGAGGGAUGUCAGUUCGAACGAGUCCAUGUCGUCGGGUCUUUAG